GAGGUCUAAAAGGGAAAAGGGUGUAUCGUCGUCGUAAUUAGUCUCUUGUGGUGGCCGAGCGUCACGGAACAGAACAAUCGAGAAGAGUCGGCCGCCGAUUUCCUGAGCUUUAACCGGAAUCCAUGGCUAUGCAAGCCGGUGUUCAGACCUCUAAGGUCCUCAUCCUACUCGGCGCAGGUGUCUCUGGUUCGAUCGUAUUGAGACAUGGGAGGUUGUCUGAGCUAAUAGCGCAGCUUCAAGAGUUACUCCAGGGGGCCGAAGGAGUUGAAAGCACACCAUACAAGUAUGACACUGCACUCCUAGCUGCUCAGAUUCGACAGCUUGCAAAUGAAAUCAAAGAACUAAGUAUGAUUAAUCCUGUUACCAUAUUUAAUGGAGAUUCAAACUCCAAUGGCUAUGCGUCUUACCUUGUUCCCGCAGCCGCCGUUGGAGCUAUGGGAUACUGUUACAUGUGGUGGAAGGGUUGGUCAUUUUCCGAUGCAAUGUUUGUGACAAAGAAAAACAUGGCGAAUGCAGUUGCAUCUGUUUCAAAGCAACUAAACGACUUGUCUGAAACAUUAGCGUCAACAAAGAAACAUCUUAGUAAGGAGCUAGCGAAGUUGGAUUGGAAGGUGGAAGAGCAGACCGAGAUGUCUAAAAUGAUCUUAAGUGAUGUAACCGACAUGAGAUCAAGCAUUUCGCAAAUUGGGUUUGACUUUCAGCAAAUUAAUGAUAUGAUAUCUGGAUUAGAAGGGAAGAUUGAAAGUAUUGAAAGCAAACAAGAUGUGACCCUCUCGGGUCUUUGGCAUCUAUGUCAAGUUGCAGGCGUUAAAGACAGCACAAGCACCAAAGUCUUUCAGGAUGUUGGUGCGAGAUUACCACUUGAUACAAAACCAUCAGCUGACAAUGCUCUCUCGGGUCUGCGGUUUCUGACGGAAGGCGAGGAGAGUGUAAACGUAAUACACAAGCCGGUUUUGGCGAAAGAAAGCCCGUUGAUGGUGAAACCGGUGGAGGAAAAAACAAAAGUUGCCGCUGGUGCAGGAACCAGAGUUCAUCGAGCCUAUCCGGGUGGAAUAUCUUGGGUACGGGACGUUACAAGACUCUCGUAAUAUAUAUACUUGAUUAUUUUGUAAAGAAUUUGCCUUCAUUCGUCCCAACUCCUGAUACUGGGGACUGAAAUUAUUAUUUUUCUCGUAAAAAAAAGAGAAAAUUUCCAAAGAGAAGUAAGUAAACACAUGUUAUUGCAUUCAUCUGCAAAUUUUUUUUUGUCCUUAUCAUAGUCUCCUCUGGAUGUUUGUAAAAGAAAGAGUGUAAAAAACGCUUUCACGUAUGUUGAAUGAAAAUAAAAUGAUGCGUGGAUU